AUGAAAACCACUGUGAAUCCAGUGGACACAGUUACAUCUGCCCUCAAAGAUCGCAAACUUCCUUUUAAAUCAGAAGAAAUAGAGUCAGCCUUUAUCGAGGACUCAAACAAGGAUGAGAACAUACAAUGGGUGGAAGAGCACCUCAGUUACGACACUCUUCUGUCGCAAGAAGAGCUCACCUUAUUCACAACCUUAGAGAGCUCCGGCGCGCUGCGAAAUGUCCUUCCUGGUCCAAACCUCGGUGCUACACGGCCACUUCUCGACGAUGAUCUUCGUGCUGCAAUCGAAUCGUUGAACUCGUCGACAUCCACAACACAAGAACAAACCAGAUUAUUGAACCUGCAAAAUGAAGUCUUGAUUAAACAACUUCGUCUGCGCGAUGAUCGGGAAGCCCGACAGCAAAGGGAUAUUCAACGGCUGCGCCAGAAACAUGAUAGUGGGAGACAACACAUAGCAGCUGCGUCUAGUGAUCUCGCGCAUGAUUUGGAGGUGACACUGAAAAAUGAAUUGGAAAAGACGGCCACCGAAGGCAAAAAAAUACUGUCCACACUGACCGGACGGCUGAAGGACGAUGAUAAAUUACUCGCAGACCUGGAGCAAACAGCGUCUAGCGUCCAAUCCACAACAGACGAUGCCUCGAUUGUCAGACGAGCGACCGAACUUGGCUCAAUGCUUGCCGAAUUGGUGGCGGAGGAAAUACAGUGCCGCCUAGACCGACUGUAUAUGGAAAGUUUGAAGGCAGGACUGAAGGAUAUGGCCAACCUGUCAGCAAAUCCCAACGAAGACGAGGACGCUCUGAUCACUCUUGGAAAUGAAUUGGAGUCUCUGUAUCCAGAGAUUGACGUGUUGGCUGAAAUGUCCACAAAGCAGCUUUUCUACGAGCCUAUCGUUCGCGAGCUUCAGACUCUCCACGGUCAGCUUCGCAUAGCCUCCUAUAGGAAGCUUGAACAUGUUGUGGAACAGGUCUCCGAUACCAUCUUGGAGAUGACGUCGUCGACUGAAAGAUCUAUCAAGCUAUUACAAGAUCGCGAAUCGCACUGUGCUACGCUUGAGGCUCUUGCUACCUCUUACAGAGCCGAGAUAGGCGAUCAAUUCUCCGAGAAGCCUUCCUCCAGGCGCGACACUCUUAGCCUGAAGAGGCGUUCCACUUUGCACACACCUGUUUUCACUGCCCCCGGGAAGCGCAUAGACCCCGCAGAGAUGCAGGCCCUCGGAAGUUUCCUGCGCCGCAUCGGUCUAUCUGUAGAGUCUGUGUUUAAACCAGAAGACGGAGAGGGAGAUCGCGGCAGCGAGGCUCUAUUCGAAAAGCGACAACACCUCGUGGAGUGCUUACACAAUAUGGGCGUCGGAGCUCAAUUUCCCUUGGUGGCUGAAUUGACUCCGAGUGAUCGGGCGUCUCUGUUGCUCACGUCCUCCUUGUUGGCUCAUUCUCAAUUCAAGAAUUCGCUCUCGGCCGUUGGCCAAGAUAAGGAGCUUACUGAACUUGAGUCGCGAUUGGGCCAGAUCCAGAAAGGAAUCGAACGACUCAAUCUGGAUGUUCUCUACCAGCGGGACAGGAACCAGGAGAAAUUCAUGGAAAGAUGGAGAUAA